AGUGAGAUGGUUUGGUGCUGCUUGCACAGACAGAUCACCCUACAAUGUAGAGAUUUACGACAAAAUACUGGAAACGUCACAUCACGGGCAGUGCGCAGGUGGUCCAAGCAGCGAGGUCUCUGAAAGGAUGCAGUCCCACGUUUGUGGCGCUCAUGUUUCCUGUGGGCUAUUACUUCUGUGUCCCUUCUCUACGAGCUGCUGCUAAAGUCAAGACCACACAGAGACUGAACAGUACGGUACUAACCAGGAACCUGAACAGAUACGAGGAUGUGGGCGAGUUUCAGGGGGAUUCUUUUUCUAUUCUCAGGUAUCUAAAAGACGAUAUCCCGGCCCUGAUACUAGCCGUGUUGUUAGCAGCAGGGGUAGCCUACUACAACACCCUCAUCCCCCUAGCACUCGGGAACCUCACCACAGCUCUCAACUCACUGAACUCUUACUCGCACGGCACCUUUCUCGGCACUAUACGGCAUCCUGCUCUACAGCUUCUUAAAUACUACUGCUUUCAUGCACUCGGUACAGCUCUCUACAUCACGGUCCUGUCUGGGAUAGGAGAGAGGUUUGCUUGUCGGAUCAGACUUGCACUCUUCAGGUCCUUAGUGUUCCGGGACAUGUCCUUCUACGAUACCCACAAAGUUGGAGAACUCAUCAACAGAUUAACCGGAGACGUACAAGAAGUGAAAAGCUCGCUGAAACAGAUAAUAUCCCUGGGUAUCCGCAACACAGUCCAGUUCACUGGCUCCUGUAUCUCCCUCUACAGUAUCUCCCCCUGUCUCACUGCUGUGUUGUUCUGCUCUGCUUUCCUUCUCACCUCCCUCGGUAGUCUCAUGGGGUCUCUCCUUAGAGCUGCUUCUAGGCAUGCUCAGGAUCAGGUGGCUGCAUCGACUUCUCUAGCAGAGGAAGUACUGGGAAACCUGGUGACUGUCAAGAGCUUUGCUAUGGAAGAGGAGGAAGUGGCGAAGUAUGAGGGCUCUCUUGAUACCGCAGCGACUGCAUACUCGGGGUUGGGUAUUGGUAUUGGUCUCUUUACUGCCGCGUCUGCUCUAGCUACUAAUGGAAUGGUGCUCCAGACCCUAUUCUACGGAGGUUACCUGCUUUCUACAGGACAAGUAGGAGCUGGAGACCUCAUGGCCUUCCUCGCUUCGUCUACCAUAGUUCAGCGGAGUCUGCAGAACAUGAGCCUGUUGAUAAGUCAAGUAGUGAAGGGUACAACAGCUGCUGCUAGAGUCUCCCAGUAUCUAGACGAGGAUAUAAGUAGAGCCCCUGGAGAAGUGCUCCUCAGUCCGGCUGGAGAGAUCUCCUUUAAAGGAGUCUCCUUCUCCUACCCCUCCCGUCCUGAGAUGUCUGUUCUGGAUGAGUUUAACUUGGAUAUCAAACCUGGACAAACUGUCGCUCUUUGUGGGGCUUCUGGCGCAGGUAAAUCUACAGUGGGUGCCCUGUUGGAACGGUUCUACGAGCCUAAGGAGGGUACUAUCUUGCUGGAUGGGCGAGAUAUUGGAGAACUGGAUACUAAGUGGUUAAGGGGCUCAUGUCUAGGCUACAUUGGACAGGAACCGGUUCUGUUCGCAACCACCAUUAAGGAAAACAUCAAGUACGGAGCACCAUCUGCCAGUGAAACGGAAAUAGAGCGAGCUGCACGUGCAGCAAACGCGCACGACUUCAUAUCAGAGUUCCCCGAGGGAUAUGAUACUUUAGUCGGGGAGAGAGGUACUACCCUAUCUGGGGGUCAGAAACAAAGGAUUGCAAUAGCCAGGGCCUUGUUGAAGAACCCAGCUGUAUUAAUACUGGACGAGGCUACCAGCGCUCUGGACGCCUCCAGUGAGAGGGUCGUGUCUGAAGCUCUUCAGAGGUUGUGUUCUGAGAGGACUGUUAUUGUUAUUGCUCACCGCCUGUCCACUGUUCGGAACUCUGAUUGCAUUGUCGUCCUCAACAAAGGGAAGAUUGUUGAGAAAGGCACGCACGACGAACUGAUCAUAAAGGAGGGUACCUACUUCAACCUUGUUAAAAACCAAACUGAUCUCAAUCAAGAUAUUUAACUUUCCUGAUUACACUUUGUUUUGAGAAAGCUAAUCAAUUGAAAGACAUUUAUGUUAAUUUAGUCCUGAAUUGUUUAAAAAGUUAUUAUACUUUUUACAGAUUUUUAUCACGGCACACGGGGAAAUGGGAAUUUUAUUCGCUUAUAUAACGGACUGGGCCUUUUAAAUCUCAUAGUAUUAAAAUAGAAAGUUGAUUGUGAGUGUUUCGCAUUUAGUGUAUGACUGCGUGUUACCGAUUACGAAUACGAUAUUUUGUAUUUGUAACGUGUGCACUGUUUUACUUUUAUAUCUAUAAUUAGCUUAUCUGGGAUUCUAACUUUUCUAAAUAUUAAUUUAUUCCUUACUAGUUGUGUUAUCAGUUAUAAAUUAUUGAUCUCGCAAUUUGAUUACUGAAAGUGAAGACAUUGUUAUCAAUUGUCAAAAACUAGUACCUAAUUGUAAAACUAAAAGAA